UUGUAUUUUCACAUUUUUUACAUAAUGACACUCGGUUUCUAGACAAUGGCAGCAACCAAGCGUAAUGCAGGGCUGACAUCUGCAGUUCCCAGAGCCACUCUUAAUGAUGAAGAAUUGAAAAUGCAUGUAUACAAGAAGACACUGCAAGCCCUCAUCUACCCAAUAUCCAGCACAACACCCCACAACUUUGUUCUGUGGACAGCGACAUCACCAACUUACUGCUACGAAUGUGAGGGUCUGCUUUGGGGCAUUGCAAGACAAGGGGUUCGCUGUACAGAAUGUGGUGUGAAAUGUCACGAGAAAUGCAAGGACCUGCUGAAUGCUGACUGCUUGCAAAGGGCUGCUGAGAAGAGUUCAAAACAUGGAGCUGAAGACAAAGCAAAUAGUAUCAUCACUGCCAUGAAAGAACGUAUGAAGCAAAGAGAACGAGAGAAGCCAGAAAUAUUUGAACUUAUCAGGGCUGUAUUUGGAGUUGAAGAAAAAAGUCACAUUGGGCACAUGAAAGCUGUGAAACAGUCCGUAUUAGAUGGUACCAGCAAGUGGUCAGCAAAAAUAGCCAUAACAGUUAUCUGCGCCCAGGGUUUGAUUGCAAAGGAUAAAAGUGGAACAUCUGAUCCAUAUGUUACUGUACAAGUUGGAAAAGUUAAGAAGCGGACCAAGACCAUGCCGCAAGAGCUCAAUCCAGUUUGGAAUGAAAAAUUUUAUUUCGAAUGUCACAACUCAUCAGAUCGUAUCAAAGUCCGGGUGUGGGAUGAAGAUAAUGAUCUCAAAUCCAAACUGAGGCAGAAACUUACACGAGAGUCAGAUGAUUUUCUUGGACAGACAAUUAUUGAGGUCCGAACACUUUCUGGAGAAAUGGAUGUGUGGUACAACCUCGAGAAGCGCACUGACAAGUCUGCUGUGUCCGGUGCGAUUCGCUUACAUAUAAGUGUUGAAAUUAAGGGUGAAGAAAAGGUCGCACCUUAUCAUGUACAGUAUACAUGUCUUCAUGAAAACUUGUUCCAUUCUCUAUGUGAAGAGAACAGUGGAAUGGUCAAAUUACCAACAGCAAAAGGAGAUGAUGCUUGGAAAGUGUACUUUGAUGAAGCAGCAGAAGAAAUUGUUGAUGAAUUUGCCAUGAGAUAUGGCAUUGAAUCAAUAUAUCAAGCUAUGACGCACUUUCAUUGCUUAUCAACAAAGUACCUGUGCCCUGGAGUGCCUGCUGUGAUGAGUACUCUUCUUGCCAACAUUAAUGCAUAUUACGCACACACUACAGCAUCUUCUGCUGUAUCAGCAAGUGAUCGCUUUGCAGCGUCAAACUUUGGGAAGGAGAAAUUUGUUAAGCUGCUGGACCAAUUGCACAAUUCACUUCGGAUAGAUUUGUCAAUGUACCGCAACAACUUUCCAGCAUCGAGCCAAGAAAAACUUAUGGAUCUUAAGUCCACUGUGGAUCUGCUCACCAGCAUCACUUUCUUUCGCAUGAAAGUCCAAGAACUUUCUAGUCCUCCACGUGCAAGCACAGUUGUGAAAGACUGUGUAAAAGCAUGUCUUCGAUCUACAUAUCAGUUCCUCUUUGAGAACUGUUAUGAGCUUUACAACAGAGAAUUCCAGGUCGACCCAAAUGAAGCGAAAAGGGACCAAGAGGAUCACGGGCCUCGCCUGGAUAGUUUGGAUUUCUGGCACAAACUUAUUGCACUCAUAGUGUCCGUCAUAGAAGAAGACCGCAAUAGUUAUGCUCCUGUACUGAAUCAAUUUCCUCAGGAGCUCAAUAUUGGCCAGUUGUCUGCAGCAACAAUGUGGAGCCUUUUUGCUGUUGAUAUGAAGUAUGCUUUAGAAGAACAUGAGCAGCACCGCCUUUGCAAAUCAUCAGCAUACAUGAACUUACACUUCAAAGUGAAGUGGUUACACACUAAUUAUGUGAAGGAUGUGCCUCCAUAUAAAGGAUCGGUUCCAGAGUAUCCAGCGUGGUUUGAACCAUUUGUUAUGCAGUGGCUUAAUGAGAAUGAUGAUGUAUCACUGGAAUACCUGCAUGGAGCAUUUACUAGAGACAAGAAGGAUGGUUUCCAGAGAAGCAGUGAACAUGCACUUUUCUCAAAUUCAGUUGUUGAUGUGUUCACCCAGUUGACUCAGUGCUUUGAUGUUGUUUCAAAGCUUGAAUGCCCUGAUCCUGAGAUAUGGAAACGCUACAUGAAACGUUUUGCCAAGACAAUAGUAAAAGUAUUGGUAGAGUAUGCUGACAUCGUCAAAAAGGAGUUUCCUAUUCAUCUCAAGGAGGAGCGAAUAGCUUGCAUACUGAUGAAUAACAUACAGCAACUGCGUGUACAACUAGAAAAAAUGUUUGAAUCAAUGGGAGGUGAAAAACUUGAAGAAGAUGCAGCCAACAUUUUAAAAGAGUUGCAACAAAAUCUAAACUCUGCUUUGGAUGAUCUGGCAGUGCUUUUUGCAACAAGCCUGGAGCCUCGUAUAACAGCAAGUGUGAAAGAACUAGGAGACUUACUUUUAGCUAUCAAAGGAGGAGGGCAGGUUACACUGAAUCAGCCAUCUCAGAGACAUGCUGUGGCAGCAGAAGCAGAUGAAGUGUUGAGACCACUUAUGGAUUUGCUUGACGGAUCACUAUCACUGUAUGCUGAAUCAUGUGAAAAAACAGUUCUAAAGAGACUGUUGAAAGAGCUGUGGAAAAUAGUUAUGAGAAUACUGGAGAAGACUGUUGUGCUUCCUCCAAUGACAGACAAAAGUAUGAUUUUAAAGAACCUCACAGAUAAUGCCAAGAAUUUGGCUGCAAAUGCGAAAAUUGAAGACAUGUCUCGUCUUUUCAAGAACCACAUGGCUGGAAAACAGGAUGUAAAAAACGCUCUUAGUGGAGUAAUGGACAUCUCAAAAGAAGUCGAGAAGAAUCUCUCGCCAAAGCAGUGUGCUGUGCUUGAUGUGGCACUGGAUACAAUCAAACUAUAUUUCCAUGCAGGUGGUAAUGGAUUGAAAAAAGCAUUCUUGGAGAAAAGCCCUGAGCUCCAGUCACUUCGUUACGCUCUCUCACUGUACACACAAACAACAGAUACUCUAAUAAAGACAUUUGUUACAACUCAGACAAAUGAAGUUCCACUUAACAACAAAUCAAACCUUAGACAACGUUCAAUAUCCAUUGAACGUGAAGAGGAAGAGGGAAUGGAAGGGCUAGAAGAGCCUCUGAAAGCCAAGAAACGUAGGGAAUCACGCCAAGAAGCACAGAGUAUUGAUGAGGGUAGUGUGGGAGAAGUUUCCAUACAGGUGGAUCUGUUCACUCAUCCAGGAACUGGAGAACAUAAAGUGACAGUCAAAGUGGUGGCAGCCAAUGACUUAAAGUGGCCCACAGUAACGGGAAUGUUCCGGCCAUUUGUGGAAGUUAAUCUCAUUGGACCUCAUUUAGCUGAUAAAAAACGAAAGCAUGCAACCAAAUCUAAAUCAAACAACUGGUCUCCAAAGUACAAUGAAACUUUUCAUUUCAUUAUUGGAAAUGAAGAGCAGCUGGAUUACUUUGAACUUCACAUAUGCAUCAAAGACUACUGUUUUGCUCGGGAAGAUCGUUUAGUUGGUGUAGCUGUAAUGCAGCUCAAAGACAUUGUGGAGCAGGGUUCAUGUGCAUGUUGGCUCUCACUAGGGAAAAGGAUACAGAUGGAUGAAACAGGUUGGACAAUUUUGAGAAUAUUAUCUCAGCGAACAAAUGAUGAAGUAGCAAAAGAAUUUGUCAAACUGAAGUCUGAUGUCCGGACGGAAAAUCCUUUACCGAACCCAACGUGAGAGUCCUGUGAUUGAUAGGUUAGUGAAUGGAAAUGACUCUUCCACCGUCCGGCAAUAUUUGCCACAAUAAAGCAGAAGAAAUGUGGAGUGAAAUGUGUGUGUAGUGAAGUUUGUUAGGUAACUAUGGCUUUAAGUGAGCUGGUACAAAUUACCAUUGAUCACAAAAAAUAAAUAAAUAAAGAGACAGUAUAAAGAUUUGGAAAAACCAACACCAUUCCAUGUGAUUGCUAAUCGAAAGGAGGAAACUGCAAUAGCAGAAGUUUUUACAAAAGGAAUCGCACAUAAUAUAAUUACAGAAAUGAAGAAAAUGAAACAGCUUUUGUAUUUCAUUUACAAAUUAUCUUUUAAACAAAAAAGUAAUAAAAUUUAUCCCAAAAAAUGCUUGUUGUGCUGGCUCAAGCAACAUACAAGACCAUAUUCUGAAUUUCUCUAAUCACAGGAACUGUCAAAAGUUUUCAGCAAUACACAUAUGUGCUAUUGUUAAAUGUUUGGCGAUGUACAUGGCUUGAAAAGACUUUGUUCAGUGAAUGGAAAUUGUGACCAAGUGAUGUUAAUGUGCUUCAAGGACACAUUGUCUCAGUUACCCAUGUGCUCUCCUCACAUUUUCAUAACUAGACCAAUGGUUACAAUGUAUACAUAGACUCCAAAGACAAGAUGUGCUUUUUUGAAAAACUUUUGCAUUUUGUCUUGAAUGAAACUGCAUUUUAUUAUUCUAAAUGCUCCAACAAAGCACCAAUAAUGUGCCCCCUCAUUAAGUUCCAUGUGAGACAUUGUUAAAAUAUUUCAUGUUCUCUUUGCUUCAGAACACUGGUAUCCAACUAUUUCACUGUGAUAUUUUUGAGGCUACCUGCCUUCCAGCCUCUUUGACAGGUCAUAUCGACCACUUAAGAUCUCUAUUUCUCUCUUUAUCUUCCAUAACACAGUAAUAGCUUUUUAAAGAAAAAUGUAUGCUCAUGUGCGUAUGCAUGUACAUAAAAAUUAGAUCACUGAUAAAAACUCUGUCACAAAUGAUUUACGUAUUCUGUUAUCCUCAUCAGAAAUU